AUGGGUCAGCAGAACCACACGUGGACCCAGAGCUUCGUUCUUGCGGGUUUCGCCGCGCCCGGAAGCCUGCGGCCUCUGGCGUUCCUGGGCACCCUGUGCGUGUAUGUCCUCACGCUGGCGGGCAACCUGUUCAUCAUCGUGCUGGUGCGGGCGGACGCGGGGCUGUCCACGCCCAUGUACUUCUUCAUCAGCGUCCUCUCCUUCCUGGAGCUCGGCUACGUCAGCACCACGGUGCCCGCGCUGCUGCGCACGUGGCUCCGGGGGCGCGCGCCCGUGCCGGCGGCUGGCUGCUUCGCCCAGCUGUACGUCUUCCACUCCCUGGGCAUGACCGAGUGCCACCUGCUGGCGGUCAUGGCGCUGGACCGCUACCUGGCCGUCUGCCGCCCGCUCCGCUACCACGCGCUCAUGAGCAGACAGGUGCGGCUGUGGCUGGCGGGGGCCACGUGGGUGGCCGGCUUCUCGGCGGCCCUGGUGCCGGCCAGCCUCACAGCCCGUCUGCCCUUCUGCUUCAGAGAGGUGGCCCACUACUUCUGUGACCUGGCCCCACUGAUGCGGUUGGCGUGUGCGGACACGGGCUGGCACGCCCGAGUCCAUGGGGCAGUGAUCGGUGUGGCCACUGGCUGCAACUUCGUGCUCAUUGUAGGGCUCUACGGGGGAAUCCUGAGGGCUGUGCUGAAGCUGCCGUCGGCGGCCAGCCGGGCCAAGGCCUUCUCCACCUGCUCCUCCCACGUGACCGUGGUGGCCCUCUUUUAUGCCUCCGCCUUCACGGUGUAUGUGGGGCCCCCUGAGAGCCGCUCCAAGGGCACUGACAUGCACAUGGCCCUGGUGUAUGCCCUUCUCACCCCUUUCCUCAACCCCAUCAUCUACACCCUUCGCAACAAGGAGGUGAAGGAGGCGGUGAAGAGGGUCACCGUCAGGAUCAGGACUAUGUGGAAGGAACCCUGA